UCAGAAGUCAGACAGUAGGUGUUUUACAGAGGUGCGCGCUUCACUUUACCCACUAAAUGUGUUCAUAAAACGCCGACAGCCACAGUGUCGCUCUUGUUCAGCGCAUUCAACUUGACGUAUUCACAACCUACAGUGCUAUUGUUCGGAGACUAAAGUAGUUUUUGUACUUUUAGUCGUGCGAAGUUGUUCAAACAGGGACAGCAAGGUGUCCUGAGCGAGGGAGUCCUGGAAGAAGGGGAGGAUUUUCCUUAAACCAGUUCUCUGUUGGGUUUUGCUGGAGCAUGACUGCUGUCAUGUACAUACGCUAUUUGACAGAAAGGAGAGAGUAGGACGCUUAUGCUACCCUUCAUCCUCCUCGCUGGAUAUCUAUGGAGAGGCUGUCCCGUGUGCUCUCACGCAGCUCUUGGAGUUACUUGCGGCCGAGACAGCACCGUGAAUGUUGAGUUCACCGACCUGGAUAGCAGAAGACGACACACUUAACCUCAUUUGAAUGCCUUUGCAAGGAGUUUGCUGGUUUCUGUGCUGCAGGCAGGGCUUCAGUUUGCUCGGACGGGACUAUGGGGAGAAAGAGGAGGAAGAGUCUUUUGAGUUGCGCAACAAGGAGGACUUGACUCCCAAUGGACGGAGUCCAGCUGAAGUGACUGUUUCUCAACCAACUCGCACAGCCAAUGGAACAAAUGGGCACACUGUCUCAGGGGCGCCUGAGGAGAUGAAGAGCCUGAUCAUCGAGAAGAAUAAGAUGGGCUUGGAGGAAGAGCCUGAACUGCUGGUCAAAGGGUGGCUGUUGCGAGAGGUGCGGGGAAACUGGAUCAAGCAGCGCCGGUACUGGUUUGUGCUGAGCCAGGACUCCCUGGACUACUACACCGGACCAGAGAAAGGAGCACGCAGACUGGGCACGCUGGUCCUCACCAACCUCUGCUCCGUCAUCUGGCCAGACAAGCAGACAUACAAGGAAACUGGCCACUGGAGCAUCACAGUAUACGGCCGGAAGCACUGCUACAAGUUGUACACCAAGCACUUCAACGAGGCUGUGCACUGGGCAUGUGCCAUCCAGAAAAUCAUUGAUACCAAAGCACCAGUGGAAACACCAACACAGCUCCUGAUUCGAGACAUCGAGGAGAAUAAGUUCAACCCUGAGGUAGUGGAGCACAUGUACCAGCACAAUCCCAUCCUGAAGUACACCCAGGGCCCCCUGUACGCUCCUCUGCUGCCCUUCCCCUACGGCAGCCUGGAGCACACAUACCACAGUGGUAAAGGCUACGGCUCGGUACGUGAGGAGGCCGUGAAGCUCUUCAACUGCCUGCAGCAGCUGGAGUCGGCGCGGGAGCCGGUUCCCAUCAUCCAGGGCGUGCUGCAGACCUGCCUGGACCUGCGGCCUCUCCGCGACGAGGUCUACUGCCAGUUAGUGAAGCAGACCAGCUACACGCCUGCCCCGUACACUGCCGCACACCUCCGCUACUGGCAGCUUCUCACCUGCAUGAGCUGCACCUUCCUGCCCGGGCCCACCGUCCUCAAGUACCUGCGGUUCCACCUCAAGAGGAUCCAGAGCCAGAGUCCCGAGUCUGAGAUGGAUAACUAUGCGUCAUUCAUCAGCGAGGCUCUAGAGAAGACCAAGUGUCGGGAAUGUGUGCCAUCCUGGGAGGAGAUCCAGAUGCUGAUGAGCCGACAGGAGAUGCUGUGCACUGUGCACUAUCCUGGCCCUCUCUCCUGCCAGCUCUACAUCAGCUCACACACUACCGCCAAUGAGGUGGUCCGAAGGAUGCAGGAGAAGCUCGGCCUGCAAGACAGCAAAAACACGUUUGCACUGUACGAGCAGAAUGCACUGUGGGAGCAGCCGAUUGCAGGCGGCGCUCUGAUCGCUGACAUCCUGACCAGCCUCUCCACCAAGGAGUCAGAGUCUAAAUCCCAAUGGAAACUGUGUUUCAAGCUCUACUGCCUGUUGGAUGCUGACGGCAUAUCAGUGGACAGCAUUGAGUAUCUCUUCCUCUUCGAGCAGUGCCAUGAGAUGGUGGUGCGUGGCCAGCUGCCAGCCUGUGAAGAAGACCUGCAGGCCUUAGCUUCCCUGAGGCUUCAGUGUCUAAUGGGUGACUUCAGCACUCAUGCACCCUGCCCACCUCUGGACGAGCUUUUUCCAGGUCACGUGCUAGAAGCUCGAGUCCUCAUGUCCCUUACUGCACCCCAAACCUUGCCCCCUUGUCAAGUGGCGGCUCAGGGCUGCCCCACGACGCAACGCUUCCCGUCGGGCCUCCUGUCAGGGACGCUGUGGAGCCACACAGCGACGGCAGUGCACAAACAAAAGGUGGAGCAGGACAUGCGCCUGCGGAGCCGGCUGAAGGAGGAGGCAGCAGCUGUCAUGGGAUCCAUCUUGGAGCGCUGGAAAGGUCUGGCAGGCUACAGCCGCAGGGACAGCAUGGCUGCCUACCUCACAAUUGCACGCCAGUGGUCGGGCUUUGGAUGCACUCUUUAUGAAGUGGACUUUUAUAUUAGUUCGACAGGGAGUUUUUCCCAGAAGUUGUGGCUGGGUGUAGCUGCUACAUCCGUGUCUCUGUAUCGGCAGGGAGAGGCAGAAGCGCUGGAGUCCUUCCCCUAUGGCCAGAUCUGUUCUUAUGGCGUAUCUGAUAGCAACACCUUCAAGAUCACAGCAGGGGAUCGGGAUUUGAUGUUUGAAACCACCAAGCUGACUGAGAUCAUGCAGCUGAUGAAUGCAUAUUUCAGUGCCAUCCAUCGCCAGCGAGGGAAAGGGGAAGAUACGGACAUCACCAUCAGAGAAAGCACAGAGGUGGGAUUCCGUUGCCUGGCCUCGACGCGCACACCCACCCUCCUGGAGCUGCCCUCGCACCCAGUUUGAGAGGGACCAUACCCGGGCAACCCCCCCCCUCCCCCCCCCCCCCCUCCUCAAACCCCCCACUGUCCUCCUCCACGUGGCCCCUAUGAGGCCCAGCCCCAGUCCUCAGGACACCACGCCUCCUCCGCUGGGAACGGCACGGCAGCCAAAACAAAGAGAGGGCUGUUUUCGCUCCCCAUCCGUGAAAAUAAACCCUUGCUGAGCUUUCCAGCUGAAGGAGCUGGCCGAUGGAGGAGGGAGGCAGCCGAAGAGGGGAGGAGAUGUGAAGGCAAGGGGGUUCUGUUUUGCAAGUGAGGCCAGAAACCCACAGAAACCAAUGCGGUUGCUGAUGAGCUGUCACACACCCUCCGCCCCAUCCUGUCACGCAACCACCUCUGUUACCCUACAUGGCAACACCACCCCCCUCAGUCCAGACCCCCUUGACGAUGUGAGACGUUGGCAUGAGUCUUACUACAUCAGGGAGAGAAAGCAUCACAAGUGUUAGGAUUUCUGGCAACAAAAAGCUGUGGUACUCUUCUCGUGAAGGUAUGGCUCGGAGUGAAAGCACUACUCUCCCUUUCUCGAAGUGUGCCAUAUUUGUAUUGCCUUUUCCUAGAAGGCAGUCGUCCCUCGUGCACUGCUGGAAUAGUGUUGAGAACAUUCAGUGACACACACCCCCUCUCUCUUUCACACACACACACGUACACAGUCGCUCACUCUCUCACGUGCCCUUAUGCUGACAUGUUCAUCAGAGACAGUCCGUUUUCAUAAGGUCCCAGACGGGUUUGCAUUACCUGGAACUGUUGAUGCAGUGAGCCAUGUGAACUUGGAACUGGAAACAGAUGUUGAACUCUGCAGCUAAGUCACUUUGGCUGCCAUUGCCAUAUACAGUAGACUUUUACCUAUGGGAGUGUGUGUGUGUGUGUGUAUGUGUGUCUGUUUGAUCAACAGAACCAUUUCCUGGAUUACACUUUCAGGAUCUGAUUUUUGUCUCACAGAAACCAAAGGAUUUUGGAGCUGUUUGUCUACAUUGUUUCCACCAAAUGCUCUCUUGUGUCCUUUGUUGUGCUGCUUGUCUUGGCUGUAAUCCUCGACACGAAACUUGGUUAACACUUGACUGAUUUAAUAAUUUUGCUUAUGUCAGUUACUGUCCUAAUGCAGCUCUACUCUGCUGAAAAUAACAGGUGCUUCUCUGUUUAUUAUUGGUAUUUUUUAUAAUGUAUAUAUAACGGAAGAAAUUUAGUACACAGACAAAUACCCCUAGUCAGAGAUCUGAAUCAUUUAAGAAGUAACACCAUGCAGUUCCCCCUCUGUUCCAUGCUGUUUAAACAAACACCUUUUUAAUCAGGCCAUAGAUGCUUUUGUAGUAUUAUUUAUGCAAACUUUGCAAUUUUUUACUGUUCUUUACGUCUUAAAUGCAGACCCAGAUGUAUUUUUAAUGAGGUUAACCAAAAGCCAUAAGUGCUUUUGGUUCUGCGCCUUACAGCAGUUCAGAUGUGUAGAUCCUGUGUAGCUCUGUCUUUAUCUUCGCUGUUUUAGUAUUCUUGUGAAGCCAAAGUUUCGCCAAGACAUGGGUUUGAGCAUGGACCAAAGAUGUGUUUUUCUAAAUAAACUUUUAUAACAAGAAAUUAUCCCAAAGCAGACAGAUCCCCCCCCCAAUUUAUAUUCGAUUUCACAUUUACUCAUUUUUCUUGAAACUUGAAUGUCUGAGAAAUAUGAAGACAUCCUGUUGUAUAACAUUGUACACCUUAUUUUAAUAUAGUAGAAUCUGAGACCAUAGAUAGGCUUUGUAAAUAUAAUUUUAGAGUACUGUCUUCUCCACAACCCCAUGCGAUCUCCAGGCUCACCAUGAAAGGCCUUGACCAGUCUCCUGCUCAGAAGCAGGUCUUUGCUUUUUCUACUGCAGCUGCAGGCAGCUCCGAGCUUCAAGUAUGAAAAUAAAAUAAAUCAAACUGCGGAUGUUGUUGCUUUGUGUUAAGCUUGUUUGUACGCUGCAUGGUACCUUUUUAUGUAAUGUGUGUAUAGUUAAUUGCACUAUUGUUUGUUUUUAACUAACUUGGAUGUGCAAUAAAAACUAUAAAUACUGUAUGUAAUUAAUAAAAAACAGCACCAUUUUAUCAUAUUUAGUUGUUGGUACUAUUGUUCGGCUUCAUUUCCUUUGUUUCAUUUUCAGAAAAUGUGCUUUCUUGUGCCUCGACUAGUGAAGCAGCGUAAGACUAUUGUUUUCGACCAGACAUUUUGUAAAAGGCUGAAGUUUGGCGCCAGCAGCAGAGCUGAGAGCUGCCUCCCCUAAAGCUUUCCUUGUUGAAAACAAUAGGUGGUUGAGCAAGCGCUGCUAAGUGCCUUGACGUUCCCCUGUGUCAAUGAGCCUUAACUGAAUUAGAUGAACAGCCACCAGAACACUGUUAAAAUAAAUGUCAUGCUAUAAUAUGGCAUGAUAUAAUGAUCAAAAAACGUAAUAGUAUGUUAUAAAAUUAUGGCCAAAAGAUGCCAUAGAAUAGCAUGUUAAUCAUGGUAACAGUAUAUUAUGUCUGGAAAUAUCAAGAAAACACCAUAUUAUAGUAUAUCAAAAAAAAUGUAAAUAGAAAAAAAAAAUGCCUUAGUAUAAUAUGUCGAAAAAGUAAAAAAAAGGGGUCAGAGUGAAGUUUGUCCAAAAAUGGCAAAAAAAAGUGGCAGAUUAGCAUAAUGAUCAUGGUAACAGUAUACUAUGUCUGAAAAUAUCAAGAAAACACCAUAUGUUGUUGAAAAACUGAAAAAAGUCAAUUAAAGUCUGCUGAUAUAUAUUAGAGCAUCAUAUUCCCAGAAAUGACAGAAAAACACCAUAUUAUGGGAUGUCCAAAAAGUAAAAUACUCAAGUAUGUCAAUUUGUCAAAAAUUGUCAUAUUUUAAGUAAACACUACAUUGUAGCUUGUCCAAAAAUUGAAAAAACAAAAACAAACCCUGCCAUAGUAUAGCAUAUCAAAAAUGAUCAUAGUGAAUUUUGUCCAAAAAACUGAGAAAAGCUGCUUUAAAGUUUUCUAAUGGGCCAGCCAAAUGGGUUAUAGGUAGGUGAUAUGACACUUAUUAGGGCCCGAGCAGGCAACGACCUGCGAGGUCCCUAUUGUAUUUCUAAUGAUUAUUUAUUUAUUUUUCUUAUUAUUUUUUUUUCUUCUUCCCAAAUGAUCGCAUUUUUCACUGCCUGAACAUACCCCAAAACUCAUGAAACUUUAAAUAUAAGUCAGACAUGGUAAAAAAAUCUAUUAUUAUCCUAAAUUUCCACCACUAGGUGGCGCUAUAAUAAAGGAAAGUGCGUUUAGGCUAAUAACUUCCACAUACUUUAUCAAACAUUCAAAAAGCUUAUAUCCACGCAUUCACUGAGUUGUGCUGAAUCUCGUGAUAUAGGCCACUCCCAUUUUCUCCUACCGUUUUUUUCCGCAAAUUCGCGAAAUGUCGCAAACCUACUUUUUCGAACUCCUAGGCAAUUUCAUCGUUUUGCACCAAACUUGCACACAGCAUCUAUGGACCCUCAUGACAAAAAGUUAUUAAAAGAAUUUUGAUAACCCAAAGAAUACUCACCAGUAAUGCGCUGUAAUUGUUUUGUGUACAAGGUCUCCACGUUGAGCUUUGGCUCACCAAUCAGUCUGCUAGACCACUUUACUAUUUGGUUGACUGAGUUUUUAUUUUUCAAUGAGAGGUUGCCGUCGGGGUGUGUGCGUUACAGGGGCCAGUCUAUACCACCCCUAUGAAUUUCAUUGCCUUAAGUGUUAUAGUGUGGCCACGGUACCAAAUAUGAAACUAGACUGCCACCACAGUGCCACCUAGGGGCAGAUCAAUAAAACCUUAAAGGGUUAUCCUCAGGAGGGCAUUGACAAUAAUUGUACCAAGUUUUGUAUAAUAAUGCACAAACUAUCCCUUUAAUCCUCAUACAGUGUCUGAAGGAGGACUCUUAACUGAUAUGUAUAAGUUAGAAGAGGCAGGUAGCAAUGGUGGAAAGUAACUAUGUACAUUUACUCAAGUACUGGACUGGAAUUUUUGAGGUACUUUUAUGUACAUUUUAUGUAACUUUCUACUUCUACUCCACUACAUUUUGAGACAUAUAUUGUACUUUUUAUUCCUCUACAUUUAGCUGACAGCUUUAGUUACUUUUUAGGUCAAGAUUUAAAAUGCAAAACAUGAUACAUUUAAAAUGAUUACCCAUUUUUAUAAAUUAAACCACUUAAAAGUUUAUUAGGUAGUUAAAAUGAGCGGAGUGGAGUCAUUUCACAGUGUGGUAUUAGUACUUUUACUGAAGUAAAGGAUCUGAACACUUCUUACACCACGGCCUUUUUUACUUCUUUACUCUCUUUUUUUUUUACUUUUUUCUACAUUUAUUUUUUUCUCUUUAUUUCUUUAUUUAAUUUUUAACUU